GAAAUUUUGGGUCAGAAUCGUAAAUAAAUAGAGUAGAGAGGCGGUUGGGGUAUUUGUAUCUCCGGUCCGGAGUCGGAGUGAGAAGGCAGGCGUUGAGAGAUAGAGAAGAAAAAAUGAAUAUGGCUUCCAUUUGUCUCUCAAUUCCCUCCUCCAAAACCCUAGCCAGCCCCUCUCCGUCAUCAUCUUCGUCUCCAUCUUCCUCUUCAUCUUCUUUUUCGUUUCCAGCUGCUGCGAGGGCUCACACAUGCCGUCUCCUUCGAUGUAGAUGCUCUUUGCUCACCGUUCCUACGUUCCAUUCUCUGCGCAUCGUUCCAAGUAACCGCGGGAGGGCGAAGAAGCUGCAGGUGGUCCGUAUGGCCCCCGACGAAGAGAAACUCACUCGCCGCAAUCCUCUCGAUUUCCCCAUCGAGUGGGAUAGACCAAAGCCAGGGCGUAGACCUGAUAUAUUUCCCCAAUUCAGUCCUAUGAAAACACCAUUACCACCUCCGUUGCCAUAUGAUCCUCCAGAAGAAGAUGAAGAAGAGGACGAGAAGAAAGAGGAAGAGGAGGAAGAUCCUGAAAAGGAAGAGCCAGAGCAGCCUGAGAAGCAGUAGAGCUCUGUCUGGCAAAGACAUCGGCCUUUAACCUCUUUCAAAAUUUUGUUUUUGUUUUUCUAGUUCAUGUUACCUUAUGCUUUAUGUAGUGCAAAUACAUGAUGGAUAAUAAGGUAAUAGUCAUUUAGUUAGAAUGCUGCUUCAGUGAUGUUAUCGAAGUUUAGUCACACACAAGUGUUGUUGUGAAGUAGUUUCAAUUCCUGUUUUGGUAAAACUUUAAAGUGACAUAAGAGAUUGGAUUCAAUGAAUGAUUGCUUCUGAUA